AUGAUUCGUUCUCAACACCACUCGACUAUUACUGCCACCACACCGCCAUCUCCCUCUCCUCCCUCUCUUACCGCUACCGCCUCUACCACAUCCAAAGACCAUGCUUCAAACUCACAACAACUCUCUUGGGAGUUUCUUCGAAGGCAGGCACGGCAGCUAGAGAGCGAGAUCGAGAAUAAACUAUCUGCGUAUGCAAAGUUGGCUAGCGGUUAUGGAAGAGAAAGAGGCGGAACUGGGGGUGGGAUAACAGGACUAAGUGCUGAAGCUAUGGAAGCAGAGAUUGACGAGUUGAUAAAGAAGUUGACGCUGGUGGUUAAUUCGAUGGCAGAGCUUUUGGAUCGACCAUCAUCGGCGCCAGCAAGUUCCUCGAUGAUGCAUAUGCUACAGCGACACAGAGACAUUCUUUACGAUUAUUCUAAAGAAUUCAAAAAGACAAAGUCUAAUAUCCAAGCUGCUAGGGAUCACGCCGACCUGCUGCGUUCUGUAAGAGACGAAAUAAGUUUACAUAAAUCAGGCACAUCAAGUGAGACAGACUACUUUCUAAACGAACGAGCGAGGAUUGAGAAUUCCCACCAUAUAACCGAUAUGGUGAUUGAGCAAGCAUAUAGUACAAGGGAAGAAAUCGGUAGACAGCGUUCGAUUCUUUCCAAAGCAAAUAGACGCAUGGUAGGAGUAGCAAGUACGUAA